CCAACAGCUAAGAGAGUCUUCAUCAUGUUGAAACGGAACAACCAAGUAAUUCUGACAGGACUUGUGACCCUUAUGGUGACUUUUGGAUUUAUACCGACCAUCGAAGCAGCUUCCAAGGCACCUGAUAUAAACCUGGGACUUAUUUCUAUCUCGGAUACAUCCGAUAUGUGCCAGUACUCGCCGCUUUUAUCCUACAGUUGUUGCCAAAGUGUUACUGUGAAUAUGUUGAAUGAUACCAAGAAAUUUUGCCUCAACUUUAAGGCGGAUAUCUUGGGCGGAAAAGUGGAUCUGAGCACUACCAUGGAUGGGGUUUCAUUGGGAAAGUUUAAUAUUGAUAUCAAUAAGCCGCCAACAAUCUGUCUGCCUUUGAUCUCCACGAUGGGCCUAAACAUGUGCCUGAAGCUCAACUUCUCGCUGUCCAGCUCCGGGGCCAAAAUCUGUCCAAAUGUCUAUUCAUCCUACAAUACCAACGAUAUCAUGACCUACACCUUUCCAUGUGUCCAGGUUGGCCUGGAUGGUGUGAGCCUGGUGUAAGGACUAAACACAAUAUAAAAUGGUUAGGAAAUAAGCAUCAAUUUGGUCUUGUUUCGAAUUAAAUUAUUUGAUUG